UGCAGUAGCAGACUAUGGGUUCCGAGAGGGAGCAGGCGGCUUUCAUCCGUUCCAGCCGCUAGCGGCGGGGCUGACCGCGCUGGCCGCACCGGCGCACAGCCGCGGGGCCGCAGCGCACCGAGCGCGGCCGCCCGCCGUGCCUGCGCCGAGAGCGCCGGGGGCGGUGCCGGCGGCGGCGGCCCGGGAGCGGCGGCGUCAAAUGUUCUUCCUGCCUGACUUGGGGACCUUCACCAUGGGCAUGUGGUCUGUUGGCCUUGGAGCCAUUGGUGCGGCUGUGACAGGCAUCGUCCUUGCUAACACUGACUUGUUUUUGUCCAAGCCAGAAAAGGCUACACUGGAGUUUUUAGAGGAGAUAGAGCUAAAAACCUUGGGACCAGAACAAAGGACAUUCAAAGCAGGUGAACUAUGGAAGGAGAAUGGUGCAGUGAUCAUGGCUGUACGAAGACCUGGAUGAUUUUUGUGCAGAGAGGAGGCUUCUGAGCUCUCCUCUCUGAAACCCCAGCUGUCCAAGCUGGGUGUCCCUCUCUAUGCAGUUGUGAAAGAGAAGAUAGGGACUGAAGUGGAGGAUUUUCAGCAUUAUUUCAAAGGAGAAAUCUUUCUGGAUGAAAAGAAAGGCUUUUAUGGUCCACGCAGACGAAAAAUGAUGUUGUCGGGCUUUUUCCGCUUGGGAGUUUGGCAAAAUUUCUUCCGUGCAUGGAGAAAUGGAUAUAGUGGAAACCUGGAAGGAGAAGGAUUCACGCUGGGAGGUGUAUAUGUGAUUGGGGCAGGAAGACAGGGUGUUUUACUGGAGCAUCGUGAGAAGGAAUUUGGAGACAAAGUCAGCCUUCCAUCUGUCCUUGAAGCUGCUGAGAAGAUAAAACCACAAGCUUCAUAAGUGGAAAAACAGUUGCACAUGUUUCUGAUUAGAGCUUGAAGUGUAGAAUGUACCCAUGUCUUGAAUGUGUGGUGUAAUUGCUUAACUGUUUAGGGACAAUGCACAGAAAAAGUUCUCUAGUCAAACACAGAAACUGCUGAAAAUCCUCUUGGAUUGUUUUUGGUUCCUUUGCAGCCUUCCAGGUGGUCAGGGUUUCGACUGGUCCUUUGUAUCUGACUGUAUUAAUGAAGGGCUGGGUCUAAAAUCUGACCAAGCCUCGAUGUUUUCAGUCAGAGACAGCUGUUUGAAAACCUGUCUACCUAGGGAAACAAAACUCUGCUAAGGCUGUGGUAAUGGAGUACCAGCUGAGGGGAAAAGAUAAUAAAACUUUAUGUGAAUGAAA